AUGCUGUGGCCCAUGCCUUGCAAGAGCGUCACUCUCAGCGCCAUCCUGGUCGCCUACUUGAGCUCCACCCGAUCAGCGCCCGCACCCGCACCCGCACCUGCCUACCAACAAUCCUUCCAAUCGCCGCUGUUGACCGCCCCUGACAAUCCUCCUCACCAUGGCGAUUGGGAUCCGCUGGAGCACAUGUCUGGAAUAAGUCCUUAUCAUGAUGCUCCGGGCGCUAAUCUCAAACCUCCAGAAGGAUGCACCUCUAGAGCCAUCGCGAUGCUCAUCAGGCAGUGAGUCAUUGCGGGAUGGCAAAGCGCAGAGACCGCGCUGAUUCAGAGGCGACGGAGGCAUCACGCUGACCGACGAUCUGUCCGCACGCCCUCUUCGAUCAGCUCCUCCAUCGCAGCGAACGACGACGAGUGGGAAGAAUACAUGGAACCAUUUGUCCAGCGACUUUCCUCUCACUUUGCUUCGCCAGACGCAGGUUGGCCCGAGAGCGGCCGACUCGCUUUCCUUCGCGGAUGGAAAUCGCCCAUCUCCUCUGACAAUCUCGAAGCACUGACAGAGCCCGGAGCGCACGACGCAUACAGACAAGGGAAAAGAUUGAGGCAUCUUCAUCCUCACUUAUUUCCUCCUUUGGAGUUGGGUAAAAAGGGAAGAGAGGCCAGUGGAAACGGCAAGGUCAAGACGCCUUUCAAGGUCUGGUCUGCUUCAAGCGAUAGGGAUGUAGGGACAGCUAAGAACUGGAUCAGAGGCGCUUUUCCCCAAUGGCAGAGGGGAGAGAACGGAGAAGGGGAUGGAAAGGUGAGUCAACACGUUGCGAUGUGGGGUUGCCAUGCCCACACCUGCACACGUCUCACUUGAUGUUCGACCGGUGGCCUACGCAGCACCUCGCAUUGAUCACGGUCAACAAUAAAGAUCCAAAUUGGGGCUACUCCCUCACCCCCCACAAGGUCUGCAAGAAGUUUUCGAAAGAGCCGGGCACGCAAGAACAAAGAGAGUGGCUCGAAGUCUUUGGUCAGAGACCGUUGCAGCAGCUCAAGGGCUUGGCCCCACAAUUUGAUUGGAAACUCGAGGAUGUCAUUGCGCUUCCCAUGCUUUGUGGAUACGAGAGCGGUGAGUGUGUGAUCCAAAGUCGUACCUUCUCUGAUACUGUUGGUACUCACACUCCUCGAUGGUGUGUCACUUUCACAGUCAUUUUUGGCGUGGGAAAAUCCCACUUCUGCGACAUUUUCGAUCACGGGACCUUUAGAGACUUUGGCUACUGGAACGACUUGGUGAGUCAUGAUGCCUCUUCUGCGGCUUCGAGGGCCUUCCUGUGGCCAAGCGGAAAACUGACAUCAUGCCCUCUCGCACCGUUCGGCCUACUUUCUCGCAGCGCUACCACAAGAUGGUCGGAUAUGGAUCACCCCUCGCUCCGUACCUCGGAGCGCAGUGCGAGUAAAAAGUCUGCUUGAGUCUUUCGCUCAUGUGUCCCUCUGACAUGCGUUUACUCUUCUUCCCCUCUCUGCAGGGCUAAACACCUCGACACACAACCUGUUGGCUAUUGGCAAAGAUGCGGAUCCUCACGACGAUGCUUCUUUCCGAGCAUCGCUGGACGACCCGCUACCGCUCCCGCCCAAUCAGACCCACACGCAGUACCUCUUCCCUUACUUCACUCAUCGUGAGGAGCCGCCCAUGGCGCUGGUCGCACUUGGCAUCUGGAACCAGACUGCGCAAUACGAUUUGCCAACGGAUCGCAACCCAGGUGAGCAGGUGGUAGACGUGCAACGCCACAGAUCGAAUGGAGCUGAAGGCCAGCGGCCGUACCCGCCUUUGAUCCUGAUCACGCCUCUUUCACUACUAUCGGUACCUCAGAAGAUCGCGUGUGGCACACUUCGCACGUCCUACCCUUCUUGGGCCAUGUGGCUCUGGAACGCAUCACUUGUUCUCCCUCUGCCACCGCACCCAGCAGCAGCGUCUCAAAGACAGACUUUGUAAGAGUCAUUGUGAAUGGCGCAGUGCAAAAGUUGCCGGCUUGUCACGAUGGACCUGAAGGAAGCUGCGCGCUGGGUCGCUUUGAGCAGUUCGCGAGAGAGAGGACGGAAGAGUACAAGGGUGUGGAAGAGGCUUGCGAGGGCACCAAGACUUAA